GCUGUUGGCUGACAAUUUAGCCCCUACAAAGAAAAGAAACGACGAACCAACCCAACAAUGGCUUCUACUUCACCUAUUUCAAUGGCUCUCCCACUAACCGGUGCCACCACCCAAAAGAAGAUGCUCGGUUCCCAGGCUUUGUUUAAGCCACUGCCGGUGAAGCCAUCGACGGAAAUGGCGGCUAAGAGAUCCAAUGCAAGGCUGGAAGUGAAAGCUUCUUCUUCUUCUUCUUCAUUCAGUGAGAAGGUGGUCAGUGGAUUGACAGCUGCUGCUCUGACAACAUCCAUGGUGAUCCCCGAGGUGGCUCAAGCUGCCGAUGGCUUUACGCCGUCGCUGAAGAACUUCUUGCUUAGCAUUGCGGCUGGUGGUGUUGUGGCUGUUGCCAUUAUCGGAGCCGUCAUCGGUGUGUCCAAUUUCGACCCUGUCAAGCGGAGCUGAGCCAUUGAAUUUCUCCCCCCCUCUAUGUAUCUGUUUGAUAUGUUUCCAGCAAUGAAGUUCCAUCUUUUCUGUGUGUU